AUGUCAAAAAGAACAGUUAAAGCUACAAAAUCCCAGAAAGAAAACAAUCUAUCUUCUCUAAUGAAACUAAAAUCAACAAAUAACAAAAGAAAGUAUAUCUUAUCUGGAUGUUAUUAUCUGAUAACUAAAGGAUGGUCAUUUCUUUUUUCAAAAGAGAAAAGAACAGCAAAAAAGUUAGACCAUUUCUUCCCGAUUCAAAAAAUAUGGAAUCAAAAUGGGGUAAUAAUGUUUGAUGAAAACCUUGAAUAUGAUUUAAUUAUAACAGAAACAGGAGUUGUUCAAUUAAAUUUUGAUAAUGAAGGAAUUCCUAUAAAGAAAACAUCAAUUGAGACAGAUAAAACAAAAAAUAAAAAGAAAUUAAAUUAUAAUGAACUUGUUAUUAUGAAUAUUCUUAAUGAAUAUUAUAAUAAAUAUGAAGAUAUUGGGUGUUAUACUAAAUUACUUUAUACAAAAAGUUCAAAAAAUGGAGUUAGCAGUCAACAAUAUCAAAAACUCCCUUUAGUAAAUAAAGAUGGUGAAGUUAUUGGUGUUUAUAAGAAUGAAGAAGUUUUAGAAAAAAUUGGAACUCCAGUAUAUAAUUUUCUUUGUUCAUAUUUAUUAAAAACAUAUAAACAUCAAUCAAAAGGUCUUUUUAUUGGGAAUAAAGACUAUUAUAAUGAAAUAUCUAAUAAUAAUAACACCAAUGAUCAAAAUAAUAUUAAAUUAUCAAAAGAAAAGUUCUUAGAAUAUCCAAUUUUUGAUGAAUAUCAAUUUAAUUGUAUUAAUGACCAUAUUAGUUCUCAAGUAUUAGAACAUUGUUCGUAUAUUGAAUCUGAACCAUUCCAACAAUUAGAUAAAUACACAGAAGCUUUACAACAAGAAUUGGAUAUUAUUAGCCAUAGUGGUUCAUCGGAAAAUAUUCUAUCAUAUAAUAAUAUAGACUCGCAUUUUAUUGACAACCAAUACACACAGACUGAUAAUAAUGUAUUAUUAAUUAAUGUAGAUCCAGGAUUGAUGAAUUUUGAGAAUUUAAAUUAUAAUGAAACUAUAUCACAAAAUAAUCCAGAUUUUGUUGAUAUUAGUUGUUUCGCAAAAAUAAACUGUGAUUAUUUGCAACCAGAUUCUCUGUCAGAGAUGUCCUUUGAAAAAUGCGGAAACAAUAAUGGAAUAACAAAUUAUAUUAAUGAACAUAAACUAGAAAUGAUGGUCUUUGAUAGAAUAAAUAAAAGUGAUAAAAGAAAAUAA